CAGCUGCACCGGAUUCUCCACAUCCGAUUAAACAACAGUUGAGAGGAUGCGGGUUGGAGUGCUGCUGAUCCUGAUACUGACAUCAGUACUCAACACACAUGCUCAAGUGGACAUCUUCACCUGUAAAACUCCAGCCAUUGCGGAUAUCGUGAUUCUGGUGGACGGAUCAUGGAGUAUCGGCAGAAUUAAUUUCCGUUUGGUGCGGAUGUUUCUGGAAAGUCUCGUGAGGGCUUUCUCCGUUGGAUCUGACCAUUCACGCGUCGGUUUGGCUCAGUACAGCGGGGAUCCCAGGAUCGAGUGGCAUUUAAAUGCUCACAGCACUAAAGAGGCCGUGAUCAGCGCUGUCAAGAAUCUGCCUUAUAAAGGAGGAAACACACUCACAGGUCUUGCUUUGACGUAUAUUUUAGAGAAAAGUUUUAAGCCUGAAUCUGGAGCCAGACCCGAUGUUCCUAAAAUUGGAAUUCUGAUCACGGAUGGGAAGUCCCAGGAUGAUGUUAUUGCUCCAGCUCAGAGAUUGAGAGAUGCUGGAAUUGAACUGUUUGCUAUCGGUGUGAAGAACGCUGAUGAGAACGAGCUGAGAGCCAUCGCAUCUCCACCAGUGGAAACUCACGUUUAUAAUGUGGCUGAUUUCAGUGUGAUGAGUUCAAUCGUGGAGCGACUCACUAGAACCGUCUGUGAUCGAGUGACUGAACUCAGCAAAGAGAUCAGUGGUGAAGUAGAUUCAAAUACCCAGCCUGAUGCUCCCAGUGACCUUGUGACCUCUGAUGUCACGGCCAGGAGCUUCCGUGUGUCAUGGACUCACGCUGCAGGACAGGUGGAGAAGUACAGAGUGGUGUAUUAUGGAUCCAUGGGAUCCAAACCUGAGGAGGUUGUGGUGAACGGUGAUGAGAACUCUGUGGUGUUGAAUUAUCUGAACUCUUUGACGGAGUAUCAGAUAGCUGUGUUUGCCAUCUACAGUAACUCAGCCAGUGAAGCUCUGAGAGGCAGUGAGACCACAUUGGCGCUGCCGACGGUGAAUAAUUUGGAGCUGUAUGACGUCACUCAUAGAAGCAUGCGUGUGCGCUGGAGAGAGGCAGAAGGGGCUUCUGGGUACAUGAUCCUGUAUGCCCCUCUGAUGGAGGGAGACUCUACGGAUGAGAAGGAGGUUAAGGUCGCUGACUCUGUGACUCAGAUUGAACUGGAAGGUUUGACUCCUGCUACUGAAUACACAGUUACUGUUUACGCCAUGUACGGUGAAGAGGCCAGUGACCCCAUGACCGGACAACAGACCACACUUCCUCUGUCACCUGCUCGUAACCUGCGGAUCUCAGAGAUCAGUCACAGCUCGGCCAAACUCUCAUGGGAUUCAGCGUCUCGUAAGGUCAAAGGUUACCGUAUCAUUUAUGUGAAGACUGACACUGUCGAGACCAGUCAGGAUGAAGUGGGGGCGGUCACCACAUUGUUGCUACACAACCUGACGUCUCUGACGGAGUACACCGUCGCAAUCUUUGCCAUUUAUGACGAGGGACAAGCAGAACCGCUGACAGACAGCUUCACUACCAGUGUGGUUCCUCUGCCGUUGAAUCUGAGGAGCACUGAUGUGUCCACUGAUAGUUUCAGAGUGAUCUGGCAGCACGCCGCGUCUGAUGUCUCAUUCUACAGACUCACAUGGAGACCUGCAGCCGGAGGAGAGACCAGAGAGGUUCAAAUCAGUAAUAACUCAAACUCGUAUGUGAUUACGGGUUUGAAGCCUUUGACUGAAUAUGAAGUUUCGCUGUUUGGAAUCUACAGAGAUGAAUCUGAAAGUGAUCCAGUGGAGAUCAGUGAAACUACAGUUGACAGAACAACAACAGUUGCUACAACGACCACCAGCACGACUACAGCCGUGUUGCGUCUGCCGAUCAGAAAUCUGCAGUUGAGUGAUUUGACGACCUUCAGUAUGCGUGUAUCGUGGGAUUCUCUGGGUCCAAACGUGCAUCAGUACAGAGUGUCUUACAUCAGCACACGAGGAGACAGAGCAGAGCAGGUGUCGAUGGUUCCUGCAGGUCAGACGUCAUUAUUGCUGCAGCCUCUUCUGUCAGACACAGAGUAUCGUGUCAGUGUCUCAGCAGUCUACAGCGACGGACAGAGCCCUGUUAUCACACGCAUCGCACGCACACUGCCUCUGUCUGCUCCCAGCAACCUCCGUGUGUCAGAGGAGUGGUACAAUCGCUUCCGCAUCACCUGGGACACACCCCCCUCUCCCACCUUGGGUUACAGAAUCGUUUACCAACCCAUCUCAGUGGCGGGUCGCGCCCUGGAGACGUUUGUAGGUGAUGAUGUGAAUACGAUGUUGAUCGUGAAUCUGCUGAGUGGAACGGAGUAUAGUGUUAAACUCAUUGCAACAUACACGACAGGAUCCAGUGAAGCCCUGACCGGACGCGCCAAAACACUUUAUCUCGGAGUAAAUAAUCUGAGUACGUAUCAGGUGCGGAUGACCAGCAUGUGUGCGCAGUGGCAGCCACAUCGCCAUGCCAACCAGUACCGUGUCAUCAUUGGAUCACAGCUCAAUGGUGAGAAACAGGAAGUGAGGUUGGCUGGCUCCGCCUCCAGGCACUGUUUUAAUGACCUCACGCCAAACAUGCAGUACAAGAUCAGCGUUCACGCGCAGCUGCAGGACAUGGAGGGUCCCGCGGUCACCACCACACAGAGAACAUUUCCUGUGCCCACAGUGCCCCCCACCAGACCCAGCACCACCUCUCCCCCGCCCACUCUACCCGCCGCUAAAGAAGUGUGUCGAGCUGCUAAAGCAGAUCUGGUGUUUCUGGUGGAUGGAUCGUGGAGUAUUGGAGACGAGAACUUUCAGAAGAUCAUCCGUUUCCUGUACAGCACAGCAGGAGCUCUAGACCGCAUCGGUCCAGAUGGAACGCAAGUGGCUAUUGCUCAGUUCAGUGACGACGCUCGCACUGAGUUUAAAUUGAGCUCGUAUAAUGAUAAAGAAAAUCUGCUGGACGCCAUUCAGAGAAUCUCAUAUAAAGGAGGAAACACAAAGACAGGCAGAGCGAUGCAGCAUGUGAAAGACUCAGUGUUCACUGUGGUGGGCGGAGCCAGACGUGGCGUGCCGAAAGUCCUGGUGGUGCUGACGGAUGGCCGCUCGCAAGAUGAUGUCCUCCAGGUUUCACAUGAGAUACAGGCAGAAGGUUAUAUUGUGUUUGCGAUCGGUUUUGCCGACGCUGAUUACGGCGAGCUGGUGAGUAUCGCCAGUAAACCCAGCGAGAGACACGUGUUCUUCGUUGACGAUCUGGAUGCUUUCAAGAAAAUCGAACAGAAACUGGUGACUUUUGUUUGUGAGGCUGCAUCAGCAACAUGUCCAUCAGUACCCAUGAGUGGCAGCACUUUACCAGGGUUCAGGAUGAUGGAGAUGUUUGGGUUGGUGGAGCAUCUGUACAGCAGUGUGAAUGGUGUUUCUAUGGAGGCUGGAACCUUCAACAGUUACAGCAGCUACAGACUCGCCAGUGAUGCUCUCAUAACACAACCUACCAGGUUUCUCCACCCAGAGGGUCUGCCUUCAGACUACACCAUCACGAUGCUCUUCCGCCUGCUCCCAGAAACCCCAGAGGAGCCCUUUGCAUUGUGGGAAAUCCUCAACAACAACAAUGAGCCAUUAGUGGGCAUCAUACUGGACAAUGCAGGAAAGACUCUGAGCUUCUUCAACACUGACUAUAAGGGUGAUUUCCAGACGGUGACAUUUGAAGGGGCUGAAAUCCAGAAACUCUUCUAUGGCAGUUUUCACAAGCUGCAUAUCGCAGUGAGUAAGACGUUGGCUCUAGUGAUGGUCGACUGUAAAUCAGCGGGAGAGAAGUCCAUUAAUGCGGCCAAAAACAUCAGCACUGAUGGUGUAGAGGUGCUGGGAAAAAUGGUGCAGUCCAGAGGCUCCAGAGACAACUCUGCACCGUUUCAGCUGCAGUCCUUUGAUAUCGUCUGCAGCACUUCAUGGGCUCAACGUGACAAAUGCUGUGAGCUGCCCAGCCUGAGGAAAGAGGCCGAUUGUCCCGCUCUUCCUCGUGCCUGCACCUGCACUCAGGACAGCAAGGGCCCGCCCGGCCCACCUGGACCACCUGGAGGUCCUGGUAUGAGAGGAUCCAGAGGAGAUCGUGGUGAACCCGGUCCAGUGGGUCUUGUUGGUCCAGUAGGUGACGCUGGAGUCCCAGGUGCUCAGGGCCCCCCUGGCCCCCCGGGACCCAGUGGACGCUCCAUUAGAGGCUCUCCGGGGGCCCCAGGUGAGACGGGGCAGAAAGGUGAUGCGGGCCCCCCAGGGCCACAGGGUGUUGCGGGCACUCCUGGGUCAGUAGGACGUGAGGGGCCUCCAGGACCCAGGGGUCUGCCAGGUAAAGACGGCCCUCAGGGGAGAGUUGGUCCACCCGGAUCUAUAGGAGGUCCAGGAGCCCCUGGGGCCCCAGGAGAGAAUGGCCCUAAAGGACCUACAGGAGACCAGGGCCCUCCGGGACCGCCGGGACUUAAAGGAGAGAGGGGAGAAAGGGGUGAAGUCCAGUCCACUGCUUCUGUUCAAGCCAUCGCCAGACAAGUGUGUGAGCAGCUCAUACAGAGUCACAUGGCACGUUACAACUCUAUUCUGAACCACAUUCCCAGUCCGUCGGUGUCGAUCCGUACUGUGCCUGGACCUCCAGGAGAACCGGGUCGGCAGGGGGCACCAGGACCUCAGGGAGAGCAGGGGCCGCCCGGGCGACCGGGAUUUCCCGGCAGUAAUGGCGAGAACGGCCAGCCUGGAUCCAGAGGUCCUCCAGGUGAGAAGGGAGAUAAGGGCAGUCCAGGUGUGGGUGUCCAGGGACCUAGAGGACCCACUGGACCUCCAGGACCUCCUGGUGAAGGGAGAACAGGAAGUCCAGGUUCCUCUGGUCGCCCCGGUAACCCUGGCAGUCCUGGCAGAUCUGGAAUUCCAGGACAAGUGGGUCCACCUGGACCACCUGGAUACUGCGACCAGAAUGCAUGCCUCGGGUACAACGCUGGAGAACCGGGCGUUGAUGGUGACCUGACUGACGGAGAUGUUCCUGUAGAGCCGCUGCCGCCCAGCUCGUUUGGACCGGAGGGUGAGGAGGAUGACCCGUACGAGAGCUACGGCUACAACUCGUACUAUCAGCCCAAUUACCCCGUGCCACAGCCCGUACGGCCCGAUGACCCCAUCAUAGCGCACGACGUGGAGGAACUGCGCUCGCCCGGGAUACAGCGACUGACUGAUAAACGCAGAUGACAGACGAACGCAUCUCACCUGUCGUAACCACGACAACAACUGAUAUGAGAACAACAUCACAUGGUAGCAGGUGAUAGGACAAAACAUGUGAUGGCACAAACAUUUCUAUUUAUAUUGUAAACAUUUUACAUUUGUAUAGCUGAAUUAAUGUGGAGCGAAUCUUUUGGCUUUCGUAGUAUUCUUUUGUGUGCUUCAUUUUGAGGAGGUAAAGCAAUGGCUUGAAUGACGAGUGAUUAUUGUUGUGCGACACAGUUUGCAUAUUAUAGACACCACAGAUGUUGCACCUGUUCUAAUAACUUCUUUGGGAGUCGUCCCGUUCUGUGGAGUUCAUGUGUUUCUCAGGGUGAAAAAUGAUUAAGUAGCGCACCUCAGAUGAGAAGAAUAUUUAGUGCUUGGGCGAUUGUCUCACAUGAAGCCCCGCCCACAUGGAUAUUUGCAUAUCGAGAUAUACACGAUAUCGCAAAAUCUCUAUCGAUUUACACUCGUUGCCACGAUAUAUAUCGUCAUAUCGCCCAGCCCUAUAGGAGAUGAAGGGAAAUGCAGUUCAUGUUUUUUAACAGUUUUUCCCAUUAAAAAAUACAAAUAAAAAAUAGCAUUAUUCGAUUUGUAUAGUUUAAAAUGGGGGGGUGACAAAACAAAUGUGAGAACCACUGCUUUAACAGACCUGAGUUCAGUCAUAACUCAGUUUGAAGAAAAAUGUGUAGUUACUGCGUUUUGACUUUGGAGAGAAGUGUGUAAGAUAGAGAUGAAGACUCUGAAGUAAUCUUCAUUUCUUCUUUCUCUGUUAGAUGUGAUCAGGGCUGAACAUCACGAUGAUCGUAAUGCGCUGUUUACUCGUUCAGUUUUCUUUCACAUCUUUCUCCUUCUGCAGCUGAACACAUGGAGUUCACAAACUGAAUAUUAAAGUCCAGUCCGCUCCUUCAGACUUUCUGUUAAUAUAUAGAUAUAUUCAUAAAACAGUUCUUUUUGCAUGUUUUAAAAUGUUUGUUAAUAGUUUACAUAUACUAGAUUUUUAUUAUAUUUUACCUUCAUUAAAUAUCUAGUAUCUUCUUGGCUGUUUGUUUGCUUCAAUCACAGAGAACAUAUGGAAAUAUCGAGCUUUAUCAGAACCGUUCUGACUCAGUCUGUCUUUAUGAAUGAGUGUGAGAGAUCUGAUUAAUGUGUGUCAUAUAAUUCUGAUUUAUGUGCAGAUAUUUUUGAUGUGACGCUUCUCGUGCAGUGUUUCAUGCCAUUAUAUUUCCAGCUCUCCGUUUCUGAAUCUUUGGCCAAAACGAUUUAUUUUGUUUCAGAAGGUUUUCAGUUCAUUUCCCCCGUUUAUUUUCACUAUUCAGCAUGUUUUUUUAAAUGUAUUGUUCUUUGAACUCUAUAAGAUACAAAUCUUGAUUAGAUGUUUGUUAAACAGUUCACAAUGAUUUCUCACAUUUAAAGUGUUUCUGAAUGUUUAAGAUGGAGUGCUGUUUUGUGAUGGAUUAUUUUGAUGAAUUAUAAUGCAGUAUUUGUGUGUUUAUGCAAAUGUCAGAGAGCUGUUUCUCGGCGUAAAAUAGAUCACAUCACAAAUCAAUGUUAAAAGCAAAAAACACAAAGGAUGUAUUUAUUUUAAUGUUGCCAGUUUUUAAAAAGCAAUAAAAUUGUUUAAUCCCAAA